CACUUGUCAGCCGCAUCACAUGAUAUGACCAAGCAGCUAGCUACUUCCUGUGGAGACUGCUAGCCAACUCACAUCCAGACGGCCGCAGCGAACUGCGAGACUACCGUGUCAUCCAAGAUGCUGGCCCUCAUAAACAGGCUGUUGGACUGGUUCAGGUCCCUGUUUUGGAAGGAGGAGAUGGAGCUGACAUUAGUGGGACUGCAGUACUCCGGGAAAACCACGUUCGUCAACGUGAUUGCGUCAGGCCAGUUCAGCGAAGACAUGAUUCCCACAGUCGGUUUCAACAUGCGGAAGGUCACCAAAGGCAAUGUGACAAUAAAGAUAUGGGACAUAGGAGGACAGCCCCGCUUCAGAAGCAUGUGGGAGCGCUACUGCAGAGGGGUCAAUGCUAUUGUUUACAUGGUGGAUGCAGCAGACAGAGAGAAGAUAGAAGCUUCCAGAAAUGAACUGCACAACCUCUUAGACAAACCACAGCUACAAGGAAUUCCUGUUCUAGUACUGGGCAACAAACGAGACCUUCCCAACGCACUUGAUGAGAAGCAACUCAUCGAAAAAAUGAAUCUAUCUGCCAUUCAAGACCGAGAGAUCUGCUGCUACUCUGUCUCCUGCAAAGAGAAAGACAAUAUAGAUAUCACGUUGCAGUGGCUCAUCCAGCAUUCAAAGUCACGGAGAAGCUGAAAGUGAAGCUUCCCCAGUCGCAGCUGUGGCCUCAGCCCCCCUAAUGGUCAUGGGUCCUCGACAGCCAUCCCUUCCACUGCCUCUGUGAAGUAAUCCAGCUCUAUCUGCUCACUACUGUCACCACCUGCACCACCCACUACACUACCAUAGAUGUGUAGCCCCUGUACAGCACUACCGCCAACCCAACUACGUGGAGUCUUGAAAAGUCGUUUCAGUACUGUGCUAGAAGGUGGAUUGUCCAUACCCAUCAUGCCUUAUCGCCUGUCAUUACGGACAUGCUCUGUGUCUGUGUACGUCAUUUCUCUUUUUAAUGGCUUCGGUCCCUUUGGACGCAAGAGUCUAAUGAUGUUGCAGUGUACUGUUCCGCAGCUACACAAAGAUGGAGCUCCUCGAAUCACACAUUCAAACAUCCGCUCUGUUGCCUGUCAACAUUUGCUGUUUACGUCACAAGGUUGUGAUUGUCGUUUUUAACAGAUAUUUGCCAAACGAUGAUGGUUGCUAGCGCAAUGCCUUCAAUUCCUGAUAAACUCUAAGCAAUGUAGCCCUGCAUUUGAUGUGCAGGCGUGUGGAAGUAUCUCUUUUAUCAAGUGACUUGAAUCAAAGUUUACACGUGACCUAGAGAUGAAUAGAAACUAAGACUGAGUAGCUGUCGUGUCUGAGGCGAAAAUCCUAAGAUAGCUAAGCAGAGUUUUAAGUGCCUUCGGCUCAGUUAGUGUUCCAAUCAGACAGUAAUUGCCCAACGCAACUUCUCACCACUAUUUUAAAUAAACACUUGGUAGAGGCGCAGCAUAAAUCCCUUGAUUACAGUUAACACCACACCUCGACAAUCUCGUCUUAUGUUGUCAUCACGAAUGCAUUAUGAUGUCUGAGAAAAGGCAGGACUGUAAUAACGAUGAAGAAUGAGGUAACGGAUGAAGCGAGGUGAACGAAAGAAUGUUACAUGUUCUGUUGUUGAUCGUUUUGAAUGCUGUUUCACUUGUAGCCUGCGACUCUUAUGUAGCUUGAAAUGCGAGCUAACGUUUGCUUGCACUUCUCAGGUUGUUCAAAGGAUUUUUGAAAAAAAAAAAAAAACGCAGUAUGGGUGUGUCCGAGUGUCUGUUUCAUAAUCUCUUUUUAGUUCGGGUUGGAUAACAGAAAGCCAGUGUUAGUCACGAUGACUGAGCUUAAGGAGAGAGGAAGACAGUCCAUUAGUUCAAAGCGACGGAUGCUUGAUGUCAUCCAUGCCUUGCCACGCCCUCGCCCGAAUCCUGAUGUCUUUUUUGUCGAAGCCUUAGCAGUCCGAGAACAACUCCGCCUCCUCCGAAAGCGACGCAUUGAUUGACACGUCUUUUCCUCUCAGCGACAAGACAAUGAUUUCUCACCGUUGUAUAUUAAUCUGCUCUUUGCUUGGCCAGUGCAUCCUGAUCAAUUACAGUUUUCUUUCCUUUCUAUGUUUGUGUGUCGCUGCGUCAGGACAAGUUUUCCCUUCCAUAAUCACACGCUCUCUGUUAUCUCAUAUGUUGUUCUGUGUCUGUUGGUGAUCGUCGUAAUCCUAAAUGUCGAUUGUUGGGACCACAGCAGCAGUGAGGGGCUGUAAAAUUUGGGUGACUGUGUGGGAAUUUGGGGAAAGCUUUGUUACCUGUGUAAUAAUAUAGCCUAUUUGCAAUUUGUAUGUGCAUGUGCUGAACUUAUUCACAUCCAAUUGCAGACUUUGUAAAUAAGAAGUUAGCAUUUUUAUUCCCACAAAUGCUCCUGUAGAUGUCAUGCAUUCUUUCCCCGUGAUUGCUAAUAAAUUUGUUUUUAUUUUUAAGGAA